GCAGCUAAUGACACAUAGGUUAAUAUAAGCUAUCAAAGUAACUGUUUCUGUACGUAGCACUGUAUGGAGGGCAACGCAUUUUCUAUGGUAGUGAGCUGUAUAAGCUCAAUCUCUGAGCAUAUCGACCCCAAUAUGCUAUCUCAUCCUAACAAUCACAUCUCUCGCGCCCCAAAUAAGAACAGACCAUUCCUUUUUAUUUACUCUUCAUUCACAUUCGUAAUAAUGAAAGACUCGUGCCGAAAUUUCGUCAUUAAGCAACUUCUAGCAACCCUAGUCUGCCUGCUUCACAUUGGAUAGUCAUGGCGGUUAAUCAUGCCGGCUAAUUCCCGCUGAUGGGUAAGGUAGCUGGCUGUCGUCAUGGGGUAAGGUUUUUAUAUACGGCUUAUAGAGCCGCACUGUAGAUAAAGGGUAGUCAUCUUGGCCCAAUAACUUUAUCUAUCUAACCUGCCUAUCUGAGGCGGUCUCGUGAGCCUUUUCUUAAAUCCUGUGGGGAUUCGUUACGUUGAGGCCAUCAAUAUCCCUGUCGCUUCCGCGGUGGUGUAAUAAGCUUAUCUUGCCGUGUGCCGAGUAGUAAGAGCAUAUCUUAGAGCGAAGGACCGAAAGGGACAAUAUAUAUAUUAUUGCGAGUAUGAGCCUCAAGAUCAUCCAAGGCCUGGCUUUCGCCAUAUGCGCCGCCGCUGCUACGGAGGGCUCACCCGGCGAUCCCGAUUUCUACAACACCGUUGCCGAGAUAUUCUCGGGGCCUGACUGUGGCGAAGAGAGCUUUGUUUGGGUGGAUCCUAUAUUCGGGAGCGGCGGGAGCUGUCAACCUCUCGAUAGACACGGGAAUACCCCUGACAUCCUCAGCUACAAACCUACCGACAUCUAUCCUGACUGCAUAGGUGUGUUAUGAGUUUCUGUCUAAUAGGUCCCUCUUUUUAUCAUCGGCGGAGGUAAACCAAUGUGUUCAAGCGGGUAUUCCUUUCGUCAGUGCCUUCGUGCAGUGCCCGUUCUCGAUCAACCCGGAAAGUGCCUAGAGCGAAGCUGCUUCGGGACUGUUUUUAUCAAGACGGGGUCGCUUCUGGCUUUGCGCUGGAACUGGGUUCAUAUUGCCGUCAUCGAGAAAUAGGGAGGAGUUAUGACUGAAGGGUCCCGUCGUGGAUCUCAGGGGGUACGGCGGGGGUAGCCCGGGCGGCAGAAUAUUAUUAUAGUCCUGGUAUAGAGCUAUAGUGGAUAAAAUGGUAUUUUGUUCCGCGUUAUAUAUGCAUAUGUACUAAUGAGAGGUAGUCGAUAUAUUACGGUACGUUGGAACGAAUGAUAAUAAAUUCG